ACCUUUCAACGACGAAUGUCUCAGUUUUAUUUAAACCGUCGUCUCUACACCACAUGUCUAGACGAACAAAAAAUAAAAGACUGUGCUAACAGUGAAAUCCUGAGGAGUUUCGUGAUGAGUUUCAUCAGUUUUAUAAACGACUAUAUUCGAUUAUCAAAACAGUAAAUAUGUGUUAUAAAAUAAUGAUUCUUGCGAUCUACCUUGUGCUUAUUAUCUCACCUCUCGGAUCAAAAGCCCAAGUUCUGACGACUUUCCUUCGUCCACUAAGUCUCAUGCUCAACAGAAACGGCGCUAACGUCACACAGCCUUACGACACGAAACCGCUAAUCCUCAACUUCAUCGGUCUAGUGACUCGUCACGGUUACCCAGCAGAAGAGCACCGAGUGACAACGGAAGACGGUUACAAACUGCGCAUCCACCGGAUCCCAGGAAGUCCCAAAUCGUUACCGGCAGCUGGUAAACCGGUAGUCUUUCUUCAACAUGGCCUCUUCUCGUCUUCUGACAUUUUCGUUUUGCACGGGCCGAAUCGAGAUCUUGCAUUUCUUCUGGCUGACAACGGUUACGACGUCUGGAUCGGCAACUCUCGUGGUAACACGUACUCCAGAGCUCACGUCAGACUCUUUCCAGACAAGGAUCCUGAGUUCUGGUACUUCAGCUUCCAGGAGAUAGCCCUUUACGACGCGAGUGCGACGAUCGACUUCAUUCUAUAUAGUACUCGAGAGAAAUCGCUCGUUUUUAUAGGUCACUCGAUUGGUGCAACUGUGGGUCUGGCUUUGUUAUCAACAAAGCCGGAGUACAAUAAUAAAGUCCGGCUCUUCGUGAGCCUUGGUCCCACCGCCUAUUGGCGCAGGCCUAAGGGUGUGGUUCGCUGGCUCAGGACUCAUGGUGCUGGGAUUAAGAGAGCUUUCGUCCGAGCUGGAAGGAAUGAGAUAUUUCCCCAGCAGGCAGUUGGAACCUUUUUUGACACUAUGUGCGGCGAUGAGAGUCCUUUUAGUAGCUUGUGUGGAUUCAUUGUCGAACGAGUAGUUACCAUCGAUUCUAAAGUCAUGAACAAGACGGAGCUCGCCUACGUUUUCUCGCACUUCCCAGCCGGAGCCUCGACCCGUACACUCUUCCAUUGCUAUCAAAAUCUCGUCUCAGGAAAAUUCCAGAUGUACGACUACGGCGAGGAGGAGAAUCUUAAAAUUUACGGUCAAAGGGCAGCGCCUGUGUUCGAUCUCGGCCACGUGACAGCUCCGACGGUGCUGAUUUACGGCAGAGCCGACAUCAUCGCUACUCCCGAGGACACAAAGGAGUUGGCGAGGAAUUUGCCGAACGUUGUGCUGGUAGACAGUGUGCCGAGCGAAAAAUUUAAUCAUUUGGACUUUUUGUUGUCUGCCAAUGCUAAGAGCCUGUUGUAUGAUCGGAUUAUCAAGAUCGUUCAGCAGUUUAGUUGAGAGAAGCCGAAUACUAGUGACAUAUUUAGUUUAUAAGAACGGAAAAUUUAGUACUCAUAUUAAAGUUUACCUAUUUUACAAGAUA